CAAGUUGUCAUCAGACCUGAGCGAUUUGUGACGAGGACCGCGAGCGAUAUUUUCUGCAGAAAAUGCAUUUGUAUUGGUUCAUCAUUUGCUAAAGAAGAAUAAGAUGCAAAGUUUCAUCACUGGUCACAGUUUGCAGGCUGAGCAGAUUACCACCCAACAGCAGCGCGCCACGCAGCAGCGGUCCGCCGCUACCACGUCUAAAGUCGGCGUGGGUGGCGCUGCAGAACUGCCGGACCGCAUUCGGGCCCCGGCAACAGUGUCGGGAGGAUCCUUCCUGCAACCGUAUCACAGGAAAAUGUGAAAACGCUUUUUAUAAGGUAUUUGUCAUGCAGUACUGUAAUGCACACUUAGACUCACAGAAACGCAAACGCGCUGACGCUGACAUUUGUAUUGCAUAGCAUGCGUUGCAGGUCAAAUUUGUCAUGCAUCAUGACUGCCAUCUGUUGAAAGCCGUUGCCACUUUUUGGAUUGAUAACCCCGUCGAAAAUUUCAUCAACGGCACGACAAGUUGUAUCGGAAGAAAAUGAUGAAGCUGCUUGUUCAACACUGUGAACUUGUGAUGCAGAGGUCGCAGAAAGGAGUAGAAAUGCUUUUCUUGCCACACAUGAUGCAAAGCGGUGGAUUCUUCUCAGCCAUGUUGUACGUUGGGACGAGCACGCAUGGCAAAUUUUCCAAACCAUGUUUGUAAAUCACGCCUUAACCUUUGUUGAAGAGAUAGAAUAAACUUGCAGAAAAAUCGUUCCAGUGAAAAUGCAGUUCAUAUUUUUCUAUACGAUAAAAACAAGUAGUGGAGGGGCGUUCGGGCACGACACUGCUGCUGCGUCAGUUUUUUCAUCAACUACGGGGGCGGCCAAGAUCAUGUCGACCGGCAGCAACAAGAUCAGCAUGUCCGGCGGUGGUGGUACCGCAUUUAGCUCGUCUGGGAAAACGAUGAAUGUUGGAGCUCCCUCAGCCACCUCAAUGUCUGGAGGAGCGUCCUCGAUGUCUCGACAGGGGAGCAGUAGUAGAGCCCCUGGCUCAACUUCGUCUUCCAGCUCUACCGGUGCAUCGAACUCUUUCGCCCACAGCCUGAACCCUUCAGCGUCUGCGAAAAAUCUAAACAGCGCCGGGAAGCAGGUUAUGUCCGAAGCCACGGACCUGAUCAAGGGCUGUAUCCUCGUGUAAGCAGUACUACGCCUGCAUCGCCCUGUUGCUUCUUGUCAUGCUCAAUCAAAAGUAUGCUCAGAUGAACGUGUUAUUUUGAUUUGCAUUUAUUCCACCGGGAAGAUGGUGCCGCAGUUGUCUCACAGGAUACGCUUUUUUGGUUCGGUACAGAAGAAGGUGUACGAGGUGUUCAAUGAAGACGAGAACGAAUUCGCGGAGUUCGCUAUCAGACUGCACAUAGCUUUAGCUCCCCCUCUUUUGCAUGGCAUGAGAUGUGGCUUCUGCAUCACAAAUUCAGGUACUGACUGGAAUAUUGUUUUAGCUUCUUCAUUCGCAGUUUGUCAUGUACAUAUAGUGACGACUGGAGUUGCAGUUGGUGCUUUGAAUGAGAAAUGAGAACGAGGGGUACGUUCAUCUAUGUGCACUGUCAUAUUCGCCGGUCUCGGGAUCUUAUCCGCUGCAAAAAAUCUUCACGACGACGGACUUGCUCCUUGGCAUGAUGACAGAGCUUCAGAGAAUUCUUUUGAUGACGUUGACAGCGAUGAAGCUCGGGCCAUCUUCAUUGCUUUCGAAUUUGCUCAUGAUUUUCCACGUUUGAUGCGGUCGUCGUCGUGUAGUUUUUCUUUUUGCAAUGCAUACCUCCAUGGCGGCUUCGGUGGUAUGCACGUGCCGACUAAUAUCACGAGAAAAAAGUGUUACAGUUACUUACACAUUUGUUCUUGUUGGAGUUUCUGCAUCACAAAUUUUCUCUGUGUGGUUGUAGAGAAAACUUGUAAUGCGAAGAUCAUAAGGGAAAACAGGAAGGCAACGAGGCUCCCAAGCAUUUCCUGCAUGACAAAGGUUGUCUCUGUUGCCGGUCUUGCAUCACAGUAUGUAACUGUAACACUUUUUUCUUGUGAUAACUAACCCGCAUCGUGGCGCGGCUCAUCGCACUGCGGGUGAAGCAGGCACAACUGGACACCCAACAGCAGCCUCCAAGAUGCUGCACACCCGGCCGCAGCAAAAUGUGAUGCGCAUGGUGCCCGGCGAAGUGGGGGGCAACUCAGGUAAUAUUGGAACAACAGGAGCAAGUAGUACUGCGCAGGCUACUACCGGAAGUUCUUCUGCUGCGGCCUCCGCUGCGAACAACCCAGCGAGUUGUACUGCAGGCGGCGGUCCCGUCAGCGGUGGUGUCGCGGGAGCAGCGACCGCUGGUGGAACUAUGGGUAGUAAUACCGGCGCUGCAAGACAACUACCGAGUGCAGGUGGUGCCUCGACUGCAUCUUCCACUUCGCAGUCCGGUGGAACAGCGGCAGUGCCAGGCACAGGCGUGAAUUUGCGUAGUACUAGAUCAUUUUUCAUUUAAAAGAUUAGAAAUGAGUUGGAUCAUUAUACUUGAUGUUGAUAAUGUCUUGGUCAUGGUGCAGUACACUACUAGUAUACAUUUAUCUUUGGUGGGUGCAAUUUUUUUACCAGGAGAGCGAGAGAGCGUCUCUGUCUGCGAAGCUGCGCAGCACAUCAACUUUUGCUCUCCACCACGGCACAAAGGUAAACGUAGAAGCGAAGCACUUUAAUAGCGUGAUAAGGAUAACAACUAAUGCAGCAUCUACAUUUCGUUUUGUUCCAUUAUCUGGAUCUCAAUUGAAUUCGCAGGGCCGCAACAGAAGGCGGGCAGCAGCUCUUCUUCUCGGGGAGAUCCGCGCCGGGCUACCUAUGCCUCGCUCGUCAGGUGUUGCAAUCUCAAGCUGUUAUACCUGUGCGGGGAAGUCUAGAAGGACAACGAUUUGGCUGGCAUGAAGAAAAACAUGGCGCACAUGAUAGUUUUGCGAUCUUCUACUUCUGUGCACGACCAGUAGUUCACACAAUUACAGUGUAGUCUCGAGCAGGUAGUUACAGAUGAACUUCUUGCCAUGAGCGCUUUAAAACUAAAAUACGGAAGGUGGUCUAGCUCAUGCAACUUUGCAUUUGCAAUUGCAUGCCAAUGUGAAGACAGUCGAGCUUGCAGCACUACUUGAGCUGGCUAUACAACCAUGGCAAGCAGCACGCCGACAGCGGCUAUCCACAAAAAAAGACCCAUCCCCAUCCAAUUUGUGACGCAAAACAUGCGUCAAGUCCUGCGUUUGUCAUGCAAAAAAGGGAUGAUGAUGGGCCUUUUUUUGUGGAUAACAGCGGGAACUGGUGCUGCCGCCCCUGCGCACGGGUACAACUUAAGUACUAACGUGGGAUAUCUUGUUGCGUUCCACCCAGUGCAGCUGAUUUAGCAGCUGUGAAUUGAGUGUACAUUCUCACAUAAAAUGUUGCUACUUUAGCAAGUUUUUGAUGCGUUUAUUAGAAACCAAUUGGAAGCAUCGAAAUAAAUUCUCUAUCAGCAUGGUGAUGGACAAGAGUUUGUCGAUUUGGAAAGACGCGUUGCAGAGCGUGGGCAGCAAUGUGCGGGAUCUUCACGCGUUUAUCCAGCAUGAUUUAAACGUCGAGCUAUGGCGAGUCAAGUUGUUUUACAUACAUUUUGAUAUCCUUCAGGUUGUUGUGCAUAUCGUCUGCAUGAGAACGACUUCGGUAUUAAGUGGGCGCCUAUUGUAUACUUGACUUAGUCUUAGACUUAGCAUGUUGUCCCUUUUCGUGUUAUACCUCCGGAACGAGUCACCUACGAUCUCCACCGCUGUCUCAUUUUCGGAACCGAAAUCGAGUUUACGUGCGAAGGUUGAGCUGUUAAGUUUGCUUUUGGGAUGCUAUCUAGAUCUAGUAUUGGUUUUUUCAAAUACCUGCCAUGCCUGCUCUUACUGUUAAUACCGUGUGGUCACGACUUGUUUGUUGCUAUGUUAUUCCACCACUGGUGCAGAAAAUGAGAACGAAAGCACUCAGUUUCCGUCUCAAAACCAGGUCAACUCGUGAAGAGCGUCAAGGUUGGGUCGCGCGUUUGGUCUUCUAUCCUGUGCAAAAGUAUAAGUAUCCUACUUGCUUCUUCUAGUGCGUGACUGCAUGAUGACAAAUUUGCUCAGCGUGGUCACGAGUAGAAUUUGUCAUUCUGAAUUAGUACCUCCAGAACCAGAUUUUUCAUGCAAUACAAAUACUGCCACUAUGAUUGAUUUGAAAAUUUCGUCGAGUUGUGCGAUAAGACUUUUGCAGUGCAUAUCGUCCGGACAGCAGCAGUGGGUGGACGCCGUGGACGCAGAGAUCCAGAGGAAGGGGUCGCUAUGAAAGAGGAUGAAUCAAAAAAAAAAAAGAAAACAUUUGAAGAUAGCGGAAGUGCUAGUGGUUGUCGCUUUCGAGGACUUGAUGAGUCCACAGCGGAACGAACUACAGUCGUGUCUACAUGCAGUAGGUUCAUCUGGCUAUUGUUCUUAUUGAAAUGCGACCAGGGGCGAAUUUACGUAGUACACUGAGGCGCCCGCGCCCUGGAAAAUGAUAUUAAAGUUUUAUUCAUUGGCUUUGAUGUUGUUUUCUUUCCACUUCCUCUUCCCGUCCAGGAAUGUCUCGACCUGCUACUUGCGACACAGAAGGACUACUUGGGUGCUGAUGCCGCCGGGGAAGCCGGGAAGGGAAAGAUUCCGCAAAACCUGGAGGAGGCUACCGCGAUCACGAACCAGCGGCCGAUCUUCCGGCGGAACCGCAGAGCGUGGGACUGGCCGCUGUCCAGAGACUGUAUUUUUCGCUUUUGAAUAUGAUGUCGUUUCAACACCAACAUGUGGGGAAGAGAAUAAAAGUGUUGAAUUAACGUGCUUGCAUCUGACGCAGAAGCAGAACCACUUCCACCUGGUGCAUCGGUCAUUAUUAUAUCUUUCACUUUCUAUGAUUCACAUUCAGACGAAAAAACCGAUAAGGAUCAGCCGCGGAGGGAGAAUCACUGGAAAGGGAAUGAGAAACACAAAAGAUAAAUCCAGGUUACCGUAUGCGAUUCGUGGAAGUCCUCAAGAGCGAGUGCGCGGCUCUGGGCAGUUACGGAAAAGAAGACAAAUCUUAUCCUUCGCCUAGCAGUGCGAUGAUAGAUCACAACUUGUCAUGCAGCACAAAGGACCAGCACCAGAAAACAAAAGCAGAAGCGGAUUUGUUUUCCCUUCGCGGCUUUUCAUGAAAGCACGACGAACUUGAGGAGCUACUACGUGUUUAGGAUAAGAAUUUUUCCUCUCCAUACUACCGAACGCGAACAGCUGGCGGCAAAGUUGGACUCGAUCCACGGGGCUCUUGGGCAGCAUUGAAACUUCGACUCGACCAUCCGUCCACCGACUGGAGUAGAUCUGGACUGUGUACAUGUCCCCAAAGGAGCUCCUGCGGAGAUGAAACACGUAUAGCAGAAACGGGAAUAUGAGAGAAUCUGUAGCAGCUCAAAGCUUGCUUACCAAUAGCGUUGCACAGACGCGAGGCUCUUACAUGAUUUUAACCGCCUCGAGAACCCCGAAUAAGACGGACCAACGGGAAAUGGACCAGUGUCUGCUGCAUCAAGUGAACCUGAAGAUGUAGAUUUAGCUUUCUCGUCUGGUCUCUUGAAUACUUCUUGGCAAUCGGAUGAAGGCGGCCGCGUGGUGUUCGUCAAAAAGUUGUAAAUUUAACUCAGCAACUUCGCUCUGGGGAACCAAAACCGGAUAAAAC